AUGCCGUCACCCAUGGCCCUUCCUAGCACGCUCUGGACACUGCUGUCCUGCCUGAUGUUCCUAUCCCAGGUUCAAGGGGAAGACUCCCCAGUGGACCCGGCCUCGGCCAGGAUCAGCUGCCCCAGAGGCUCCAAGGCCUAUGGGUCUUACUGCUACGCCUUGUUUCUGACGCCCAAAACCUGGAUGGAGGCAGACAUAGCCUGCCAGAAGCGGUCCUCAGGAUAUCUCGUCUCGUUGCUAGGUGCAGCUGAAGGAGCCUUUGUUGCCUCCUUGGUGAAGAGCAUGUCAAACAACUACCUAUACAUCUGGAUGGGACUUCAUGACCCCACACUGGGGUUGGAACCCAAUGACGGCGGCUGGGAGUGGAGUAACAGAGAUGUGCUGAAUUAUUUGAACUGGGAACGCGAUCCUUCCACCAACUCAAAGCCUGGCCACUGUGGGACACUCUCUCGGCACACAGGAUUUCUGAAAUGGAAGGACUACGACUGCACUCAGAGGUUGCCCUAUGUUUGCAAGUUCAAGGACUAA